GCUGGUUGUACCAAUGGUUGUCUUUUCUAAUAAUUUAUAACAGUUAGAAUUUCGUUUAUUGGGAAAGGACCACUGUUUGCAAUAGGUAAAUAUACAAUAACAUUAUGUCUUCCGGUAAAAGACCAGAGCAUCAAGCACCGCCCGAGAUAUAUUACAAUGAGACCGAGGCUAGAAAGUACACUCAGAAUUCGAGGAUGAUCGAAAUCCAGGUGCAGAUGAGCGAGAGGGCGAUCGAAUUGCUAUGCUUGCCCGAAGACGAGCCGUGUUUGAUCUUGGACCUAGGCUGCGGCUCGGGGCUCAGCGGGUCCGUCCUGGAAGAUCAGGGCCAUGUCUGGAUAGGCAUGGACAUCUCGCAGGCGAUGCUGGACGUGGCCAAGGAGAGGGAAGUCGAAGGGGAUUUGGUCCUCAGCGAUAUGGGCCAGGGGAUACCUUUCAAAGCGGGCACGUUCGACGGCGCUAUAAGUAUCAGCGCUCUUCAGUGGCUCUGCAAUGCCGAUUACAAGUCGCACCAUCCGGUCAAAAGGCUGUCCAAAUUCUUUUCGUUCCUCUACACCGCGCUGAGCCGUUCGAGCCGAGCCGUUUUCCAGUUUUACCCGGAAAACCCGGAACAGAUCGAACUGGUCACGACUCAGGCGACGAAAGCGGGCUUCUUUGGUGGUCUUGUCGUCGAUUACCCCAACUCGACCAAAGCGAAAAAAUACUUCCUCGUCCUUAUGACAGGGAUAAAUGCAACCCUUCCAAAAGCGCUCGGCACCAAUGAGGUAGACUCGACUGUCGCCUACACAAACAAACGACAGAAAUAUGACAGUUUGAAAGGCAAGUCGGUGAAAAAGAGUCGUAAUUGGAUCUUAGAUAAGAAGGAAAGGAGGAGGAGGCAAGGUCUCGACACGAGAGCGGAUUCCAAAUUCACAGGGCGAAGACGAUGUGGGAAGUUUUAAUUUCU